GCACUCGCGGAAAUCCUUUAAAGAAUGAAGAGGAACAGUUUAUCUGUUGAGAAUAAAAUUGUCCAGUUGUCAGGAGCAGCGAAACAGCCAAAAGUUGGGUUCUACUCUUCUCUCAACCAGACUCAUACGUACAUGGUUCUUCUAGACUGGGGGAGUUUGCCUCACCAUGUAGUAUUACGAAUUUUUCAGUAUCUUCCUUUACUAGAUCGGGCCCGUGCAUCUUCUGUAUGUAGGAGGUGGAAUGAAGUUUUUCAUAUUCCUGACCUUUGGAGAAAGUUUGAAUUUGAACUGAACCAGUCAGCUACUUCAUAUUUUAAGUCCACUCAUCCUGCUCUCAUUCAGCAGAUCAUUAAAAAGCAUUCUGCUAAUCUUCAAUAUGUCAGCUUUAAGGUUGACAGUAGCGCUGAGUCAGCAGAAGCUGCCUGUGAUAUACUCUCUCAGCUGGUAAAUUGUUCCGUCCAGACCUUGGGCUUGAUUUCAACAGCCAAGCCAAGUUUCAUGAAUGUGUCAGAGUCUCGUUUUGUGUCAGCACUUACAGUUGUUUUUAUCAACUCAAAAUCAUUAUCAUCAAUCAAAAUUGAAGAUACACCAGUGGAUGAUCCUUCAUUGAACAUUCUUGUAGCCAAUAAUAGUGACACUCUAAGACUCCUAAAAAUGAGUAGCUGUCCUCAUGUUUCAUCUGAUGGAAUUCUUUGUGUAGCUGAUCACUGUCAAGGCCUUAGAGAACUGGCAUUGAAUUAUUACAUCCUAACUGAUGAACUUCUCCUUGCACUCUCAAGCGAGAUUCAUGUUAACCUUGAACAUCUUCAAAUUGAUGUUGUGAGUGAAAAUCCUGGACAGAUUAAAUUUCAUGCUAUUAAAAAACACAGUUGGGAUGCACUUAUUAAACAUUCACCUAGAGUUAAUGUUGUUAUGUACUUCUUUCUAUAUGAAGAGGAAUUUGAGACGUUCUUCAAAGAAGAAACCCCUGUUACUUACCUUUAUUUUGGUCGUUCAGUCAGCAAAUCGGUUUUAGGACGGGUAGGUCUCAACUGUCCUCGACUGAUUGAGUUAGUGGUGUGUGCUAAUGGUCUUCAGCCUCUUGAUAAUGAACUUAUUUGUAUUGCUGAACACUGUACAAAUCUAACAGCCUUGGGCCUCAGCGAAUGUGAAGUUAGCUGCAGUGCCUUCAUCAAGUUUGUAAGACUGUGUGGGAGAAGGCUAACACAGCUCUCUAUAAUGGAGGAAGUUUUGAUCCCUGAUGAGGAUUAUAGCCUAGAUGAAAUUCACACUGAAGUCUCCAAAUACCUGGGAAGAGUAUGGUUCCCUGAUGUGAUGCCUCUCUGA